AAAAGCCAUGAAUUUUGAAUUUGAGAGGGAGAUAGGCUUCAUAAACAGCCAGCCGUCGCUAGCGGAGUGUCUGACGUCCCUUCCCGCUGUCCUGGAGACAUUUCAAACUUCAUCAAUCAAGGAACCACCGACGUUAAUUCCUCCUCCUUUGGAACAAACCCUCCUCAGCUUGGAUCCUUCUUCCAGCAGCCAGCCGACGCCAAGGAGCCCAAAGCGACCAAGACAUGGGCAGGCCCAGAGACCCCCGCCGCAGCCUGCUCCUUUGGCUGGAGAAUUCCCCUGGAUGAAGGAGAAGAAAUCCUUUAAGAAAGCCAGCCAGUUCCCUGCCUCUUCUUCGCCAUCUUCCUCCUCUUCUUCACUGCCUGGAUCUGCUGUCGGUUCUCCUGCAGACGUCCAGGGCUUCCUCGAGCCGGGCGGGAGCGGCUCCCGGCGCCUGAGGACGGCGUACACCAACACGCAGCUCCUGGAGCUGGAGAAGGAGUUCCACUUCAACAAGUACCUCUGCCGGCCCCGCCGGGUGGAGAUCGCCGCGUUGCUGGACCUGACCGAGAGGCAGGUGAAAGUCUGGUUCCAGAACCGCAGGAUGAAGCACAAGCGGCAGACGCAGCACAAGGAGAUCCCCGAGGGGGACCCUGCGGGUUACUCCAGCCUGGACCCAGGCGGCGAAGAGGCGGCGGAAGAGGAGAGGGGCCCGUCUCCAUUUGGAGACCCCCUGGAGAUCCCCUCCUCUUACCCGGCCGGCGGCAGGGAAGCUCCCAGGGGCCCCGCGGGUUACCUGACACCUCCCGAGGAGGGAGACCCCGACCCGCCGCCAAACGGGACAGCUGGCGCCCGGGCUUCUUCUGGGUCUUCCUCCUCCUCCUCCUCCUCUUCCUCCUCAGACAAUGCCUUCCAAGACAGGCAGAACUCGCCUAGUUUGUUGCCACCAGAUCUGAGCCUCUUCUCGGUGGAUUCCUGCCCACAGACCGCAGGGGGGCUUUCUCCCAACCUCCAGGGGUUCUUAGACAGCCCUGUCAACUUCUCCCUCGACGACCUGGACUUUUUUACCAGCGCGCUUUGUACUUUCGAUCUGCCGCAUUUGAAUUUCCAGUAAACACCCAGCGACCU